CCUGGCUUUUCCACCCUCCUUUAACACCCCAACCUUCUGCCGCCCAGCAGUCAUCACCCUUUUCUCUAAACAAUUAUUUUAUUUUCCUCUUCUACCCCCUAUAAAAACCAUACAUUUUUUGUUGCACCAUUUAUUCAUCAUAUAUCAUCCUUCCUUUGUCAAUAACAAUAUUAUCAUCCUAAUAUCUUAUCAUAUCAUAUCAUUUGUUAUAAAUAAUAUUUAUAUACAUACUUAUUUGUACCAAGUUAUAUAGGUUUUGUGUACAACGACUGAUAAAGAUCUGAAAAUAAAUUAAAAAUAAUCAUCAUGAUGAUGAGUUCACAUAAUAAUAUUGGUGGUGAGUCUAGUGGUUCUUCUUCGGGAGAGUUUGAAAUAGCAAGGGUGUUGGCGAAUUUAAGGAAACACGAUAGCGCCGCUGCGGCCGUGGCGGUGGAGGUGGAGGAGGAGAUGAGAGGAAGUAGUGGCGGCGGCCGCUGCGGCGACUCGGUAGGACAUCAAGGUGAUGGUGGUGAUAACAAUAACAAUUGUUGGGGGAGUAAAGGGAAGCGGUGGAUGAGUAAUAAGCGUGUAAAAGAGUCUUCUUCAUCACUUCAUUCUUCUUCUCCUUCUGUUUCUCCCUUGCCUUUCGAUCUUAACGUGGAUCAGCCUAAUGUAUUUCAAGAGGAGUGUCAAAGUGUUGAUGUAAAACCUGAAAAGAGCUACGAAUCCGCUGAACGAGUCCGUGUUUGUAAUUCAGCACAUAAUACUGGGAGGUCUAGGCAUAAUCUGACUGAGGCAGAAAAGGAAGCACGAAGAAUACGUAGGAUACUAGCUAAUAGAGAGUCUGCACGACAAACUAUUCGCAGGAGACAGGCUUUUCAUGAGGAACUAACAAGAAAAGCCACGGAAUUAGCAUCUGAAAAUGAAAGAUUAAAACGAAACAAGGAUUUGGCUGUCAAGGAGUUUCAGUCUCUACAAACUACAAACCAAAAACUUAAAGGACAGUUAUCUCAAACAUUAGGCUUCAAACUUGGAGAGAAUGAAGGAGAAGCUCAACCAUGUUGUCCCGAUACUCAUAACGUUAACACUCAGUCAGCAAAUUGGGCACAGUUUGUGUACAAGAAGUUAUCUGCAAGUCCCUUUGUAAUCCCUGCAUGUUUGCCGCCUUCUGACUUGAACGUAUCAAAUUUAACUCCCUGCAGAUUCUCCGAGCAGGAUAAUUCUCGGAGUAUGAAUGGCCAAAAUAUGCCUUGGUGUAUAUUACCCUGCCCCAUGUUCCUUCCAAUACAUGAUAUCAAGAAUUUUUCUUCAUUACAUAUGAAAGAUAGAGAUGAAGGCACUUCAGUUGAUUCUAAUCAUGUUCAUAGUCCAUCUUCAGAUUAUAGUCCAUCAUCAGUUAUACGUUGCGUACACAACUGUCAGUUAGUUAGUCCUGCAGAUAGAAUAAGUAGUGGUCUUCCAUCAACACAAGACGAUUGCAGAAAUGGUUUCCAUCGAUUCCCAUUUGGAUUAUCUCUAGACGGAGGGGGUCAAAAGAUGGUACCGUGUUGCUCAAGAGGUGAUUUUGCUAUAGAACGAGAGGAUUGUGUCACUCCGCAUACUCUAGUUAACACGAAUGUUUCUUCAGCAGCAUGUGUAGAGUCUGCAAGUGCUUUAACGGAGAAAAGAAAAGAGUGUGUUCUAAAAAAGAGGGAGAGAAAUGUUGCAAGAGCAGAGGCCAGGAAAAAACGGAAGGAGCUGAUGAAACUAAAGAGUCGCCUUCACUGCCAAUUAAUAGGAUGAGAAAGUAGCUGAGAAAUAAACUAUUGAUGAGCUUGUGUUAGUGUUUCUAACUGACUGAUGAAUUUUUUUGUCUCUUGAAAGGAUAAAUGGCUUCUUUCCUCUCGGAACAAUGCUCGACAGUAGAACUAAUGCUGCACCUUGCUGGUUGAACCAGGCUAAAGUGUCUUGCAGCGGUUAGCAUGGAACAUUUUGUAUGAUUGAAGAGCUUUGUAUUAGCAAUACCAUGGUAUUGUAAGCGUUUAAUGGCUUACAAUAGUUGGUAUGGAUUAUGAACAUUUUGUAUGAAGAGUGUUGUAUAGCAAAGACCAUGCUUAUGUAGUUGUUGCUCAGUUAUCGGUAGUUCAAAGUAACCGAGUAUGUGACUUGAAGCAACUAGUUGGUUCCAAUUUUUCUUGCAUAUUUUAGGAAUUGUUCUGUGUAAACUCUGUUCUGUUAUUAGAUGUUGAACAAAUUUUGCUA